AUGAAGGAAGCUCAUGUAAAACCUGUCCCUUUCGCUGAUGUUCAGCGUGCCAAAGCAUACAUACUUCUUUAUGAAACAUCUGCAGACACUAAAGUGGAAUGUAAGAACAAAGACUUACAACAAGUAAAAUCAGUUGUAUUUGGACCUUACAAGAAUAAGGACGAAAUUGUAGUUGAAGUGAAAGGGGAUAUGGAUGCCUUCUUGAUGUCAUCUGUGACAAUUACAAGGGCAUCUCUGCGCCGCCUAGCUGUGCCACCUAAAACCAGCUGGAUCAAUGUAUCAGACUACUGGCUUAACGAUGAGGUCAAGACCGACUUAUUUUCAAAGAUGUUCUGGGUUUUUCCCAUAAACAUUUCUCAAAAUCAUUGGACAGCAGUGGAAAGAGAUAUCCCAAAGCAGAAGAAUAACUAUGAUUGUGGUUUAUUCAUGCUAAAGACAGACAUUCCAAAGAUAAGAAAUAACAUGCUUCUGGCCCUUUGGAGAAACAGGAAAAGUGCAAAGCUUAUAAGCCCCAAUGGCACUCAAACUACAUCACCAACCAAACCACCAACAGCCACACCACCUGGACAACCUAUGACACCAUCCACAGCCACACCACCUGGACAACCUACGAAACCAUCCACAGCCACACCACCUGGACAACCUACGAAACCAUCCACAGCCACACCACCUGGACAACCUACGAAACCAUCCACAGCCACACCACCUGGACAACCUACGAAACCAUCCACAGCCACACCACCUGGACAACCUACGAAACCAUCCACAGCCACACCACCUGGACAACCUACAAAACCAUCCACAGCCACACCACCUGGACAACCUACAAAACCAUCCACAGCCACACCACCUGGACAACCUACGAAACCAUCCACAGCCACACCACCUGGACAACCUACGAAACCAUCCACAGCCACACCACCUGGACAACCUAUGAAACCAUCCACAUCAUACAAGUAUCCACAUUGCAAACAAAAAUUUACAAUCAAGUCAAACAUGCAGAGACACAUUAAAAACACACAUGGCAGCAAUACAGAUGAUGGAAACAGCAAAUGUCUUUCAUGUGACUUUAGGUGUCACAGAGUUUCAGAUCUCAGAUUACAUUUGACUUCAGUCCAUGGGAUUAAGCUCGAGGAGGAAACAGUAAAUUUCUUGAACUAUACAGGCUCAGAGGCACUCUAGUUGUUUGGAACUGUGCAUGAAUCAUGCCCUUGAUUCCUGUGCCAUGGACCAUCCUGAUAAUUCGGAAGAGUACAACGUAGUCUACAGGAUUUACAACAAAGUGGAUGCUGCUAUAGUGCAAACUCCUUCCCCUUUAAGAGAAGAAUACAGGAAAGACAUAAACGACUUCAAAAAGAAAUUUUCUGAAUAUGUGGGUCACAUUGUCAGAACCAAACAUCAGAGUGAAUA